AUGUUCGUGGAAAGGGUGCGAGAAGAAGUUUUCAGCAAUUCGAAAAAAUUCCCGGACAAGUUAUCGGGUGCAAUCGUAAUGGAAAAACCGAACAUCAAGUGGAGUGACAUUGCUGGUUUGGAAACAGCAAAAGAAGCACUCAAGGAAGCAGUCAUCCUACCAAUCAAGUUCCCUCAACUUUUUACUGGUAGGCAUUUGAAUGCUCAGCUGUGGUGGUUGGAGGAACUUGGAGGAAUGCGAAAAACACGCGGUGUUAAAGUAGCACCGGAUGAGCAAUUGGAAAGGAUUUUGCAGUUCUGGGGAGAUGUUCAAGUCGGAGAAGUUUGA